UGUUUAAAUUGAAGUGCACUGCUGAUUUCCGCCCUCCAUCUUUUUGCUUUUGGUUUCUCACGAUGCCACCAAAGAAGGACGCCAAAUCGUCGGCUAAACAGCCACAAAAGACACAGAAGAAGAAGGAAGGAAGUGGUGGUGGUAAAGCCAAGAAGAAGAAGUGGUCCAAAGGCAAGGUCAGGGAUAAGUUGAACAAUCAAAUUUUGUUCGACAAAGCUACCUAUGAGAAGCUCUAUAAGGAGGUACCACAAUACAAACUUAUCACUCCUUCAGUGGUAUCAGAACGUUUGAAAAUUCGUGGAUCACUAGCCAAAAGAGCGUUGGUAGAGUUGCGUGAUAAAGGUUUGAUUAAACAGGUCGUGCAGCAUCAUUCGCAGGUGAUCUAUACACGUGCUACAAAGGGUGACGAUGCGUAAAUGUUUUACCUUUUCUUGGUCAACAAUACAAAUUAUUAAUGUAUUUAAAACGCCUAAAGGUAGAAUAAAAUAAUUCGUUUCCAUUUUUAAGUAAAAAAAA